GAUAAAUCAUGAGAGUUUGAUACUCAUCUACUGGAGGCCAGGGUUCCGGCGUCUCAACCUGCCUGUUUCUGGCAACAGUUUUACACCCUUAUGAUGAUGCUUCCUCUGCGUGCCUAAAGGUACAGCCGCCCACCUUCAUCAUUGAUCAAUGAAAUGGCUUCUUAUACUGGGUGUCGGUAGACCCUUCUCACCACUAUCACACCUACUGGCACGAUGUCUAAUCGAGUUUCAUCAAAAGUCUCCAUUCCCUACAGACUCGGAGGAGAACCCAACACUAUCUCUGGUAUUUUGGAACAGUUAGAGCCAGGAAAGUCAACGCGUGGAAGGAAGCUCGCAUUGAUUCUUCAUGGUAUCUUUGGCCACAAGGACUAUCUAUUUCUGAAACGACUCGCCGUAACGCUCCCCAUGGACUCGUUUCGCUUUGAUUUCCGAGGGCGCUUCGAAUCACCCGGCAUAUGGCGACUACGCAAGUUGGAAGAAGACGUUCAAGAACUCUGCGCCGUUGCAGAAUAUCUCAAGUCCCGUUAUGGAUACGAAAUAGAUUUGGUGAUUGGCCACUCGCGUGGUGCGGUUAUCGCGGUUCGGUGGAUAUGUACGACGGAAGAUGGAAAAAACAUUUCGGGAUUCGUGAACAUAUCUGGGACCCUUCGUAUGCAGGAUGUCUAUGACCUCGACGAAGGCAGAUGGAUGAAAAACAUCUCCACUCAAGGGUAUCACAUUGUGAAUCUCAAGUCCUUUCAGGCGAAGGUGUACCGUGAAGACUUUGAUAACAGCGCCCACUUUGAUGUCUCGAUGGUCCAGGCCAAAUUUUCUCAGGCUACCGACGUUUUGACUAUUCAUGGACUUGCGGACAAGCACACACCGGCGUACAACGCUGUGUUGUACGCGAGAGUCCUGAGCAAGCGAAGUCCCGGGACGUAUGCCUUGCAUCUCAUGGAACAUGCCGAUCACCUUUAUACCGGGCGACAUGCGGAGGUUGUACAAACCAUCUUGGAUUGGUGGGAUGCUCACUUGAAAGGAACGCUCCGGUCGGGAAUUUGGGCAGGAGCAGAAUCUGGAAAUAUGUCGUGUAAGCUGUGAUGAGAGACGUUUAGUAACAGCUGCAGAUAGAUACUGUUGAAAAACGUUUGAAAAUCUUUAUCACGGUCAUUAAAGCAUGGAAUGUCUUGCGGAC